AUGGCGAGGCAGGGCCGCGUCUUUUAUGCAGGUCAUCCCAGCUUUGGCACGGGGAUCGGGGUGACCGCAGCCCAGCUGUCUGCGUUCAUGACCAACCACCGCGUGGACUGGGUGCAGGAGGUCGCGGGCCCCAGCAUCGCGACGAACCCACAUCGGCACCUCGUUGACGAGCUGAGCUCUCAUCGUUCUGGCGGCCGCAAACGACUUCAUGUCAUAGCACAGAUGAACUCUAGUCUGACCGGCAUGGCAACCAUGAAGGACUCGAACAAGGGCAAGGAGCUGAUGGGGCUCGAGUACGAGCCUCUCUUCGAUUACUUCAAGGGCAAGGCACGGGAGGAGGCUUGGCAGAUCGUUUCGGAUGGCUAUGUCUCCACGGAGGCCGGCACAUGCAUCGUUCACCAAGCACCUGCCUUCGGAGAGGAUGACAACCGCGUGUGCACGGGUGCUGGGAUCAUCCUCAAGGACGGGACCGGAAUGGUGUGCCCGAUCGAUGAUGACGGCCGCUUCACCGACGAGGUGCCGGACUUCAAGGGGAAACACGUCAAAGAGGCGGACAAAGAUAUCAAGGUUGCUACAUCGGGCGUGUCCCGUUUCGUUUCGGGGAUUUGGGGAUCGCUUUGGGGAUCUUCGAUGGCUGAAUAG